AUGAAAAGAAGAAAACGUGGGUGGUACUCGUUGCUGGUUCCAAUGGCUGGUACAAUUAUCGCCAUCAGGAAUCCAUAUCCAGGCAAAAUAUUUAAUGUGCCUAAUGGUAGAAACGUUUACGAAGGUGUUAAAAUCGAUUAUUCCGGAAUUCAUGUCACUCCGGAAAACUUCCUGGCAGUUUUAAGUGGAAAUGAAACAGCAGUAAAGGGUGGUAGUGGGAAGGUAGUGAAAAGUACUCGCGAUGAUCACAUUUUUGUAUAUUUCACUGAUCACGGAGCUGUUGGAUUGGUUUCCUUCCCGAAUUCUGUGCUAACUGUUAAAAACUUAAAUGAUGCACUGAAACGAAUGCAUAAAUUGAAAAAAUUUGCAAGGCUUGUGUUUUAUAUGGAAGCUUGUGAAAGUGGCUCAAUGUUCGCAAAAGUUCUACCUAAAAAUAUUGAUGUUUAUGCGGUAACGGCGUCAAAUUCGCAUGAAAGCUCGUGGGGUUGCUUUUGUGAUAAUGAGAUGAAAUUGCCUUGUCUCGGCGAUUGCUUCUCCGUAAAUUGGAUUAUCAAUUCCGAAACGGUAGAUUUGAAUCAUGAAACGUUGACUUCACAAUUUCAAAUUGUCAAACAAGAAACAAAUAUGAGUCAUGUGAUGCAUUAUGGUGAUUUAAAAAUUGCCAAAGAUUAUGUUGCUUAUUAUUUAGGCGAUAAAAUAACUAAUGUGAAGAAUAUUGAUAAUAAUUUGACAGAAAUUAAAAGUAAAACAUCAGUUUCUUGGCCCUCAAGAGAAAUUUACCUUCGAAUGCUUGAAAAGGAAUUGUAUGAAGCAGAAACAGAGCUUCAACGAAGUGCUUUGCAACAUAAAAUCGAGAAAUUAGCAAUGAUAAGUGGUAUAAAUUUUGAAAGAAAUAAUAUAAAGAAAUGUCGUCUGAUGAACUUAGAUCCUUGGAAUCCUGAAAUACAACCUUAUUUAAAACCCAAUUAUGAUCCCUGGAAAAAAUGCAAAGUAACGCGUGUUAUGCAUACGGAAUUAAAGAGUGGUUCAAUUCGAAUGUUCGAUAAUACAACGUCACAAUGUAAGUAUCGAUGUCUUUACAAAGAUGGUGAAAAAAAUUUCAAGAGCGGUAAAUGGAUUAAAAUGGAAAAAAAUGCAAAAUAUUUCGAAAGUUGCGAUUUCAUCGAAACACACUGCAUGGAGGGAAAUGCAACAACCUUUCGUUACAUUCAUGUUCAGGUAAUGCGAUCGCCACAGAAGAUAUUCCAGAAGGAGGACAAUUUCCAUCCCGGGGUACUCAUCUUUGUUCUCGAUUCUACCUCGUUCUCGUCCGGAAUGCGUACGAUUGUGAAAACUAACCAAAUUCUGCGUCAAUUUUACGAUGCGACGACAUUUUAUUAUCACAACAAAAUUGGCCGUAACAGUCGACCAAAUGCUUUCGCUAUUUUUUCAGGAAUUCGUAUCGCUGAGUUAGAUGCGAAUCGUUUUCCAGGUAAAAAUAAUUCGGAAUAUCCACAAUCCUGUAAAUAUGGUGUUAAAAUGAACGAAACGGUAAUUUAUAAUUUUAUCAAUCAAAGUUAUGCAUCGAUAAUGGUGGAAGAUUGGCCGAGUAUGUUCAUUUGGCCAAACUGUAAUGGUUUUCCCAAGGCUCCAACCGAUCAUUAUGGAAGUGCUUUGGUGCUUCGGCCAAAGGCUAAAAAGGAUUUCAAUGCCUAUUUUUACAAAGGAGAAUGCCAUGAAGUCUAUCAUAAAGUUCUGGAUUUUGUGGAUAAGUUUUUAAACGAAUAUAAGGGAUUCUCGAAAUUUGCUUUAAUAUGGUUAUCACAGCUAGCUCAUGAUUCUGUCAAUGGAUUAUAUCGAGCUGAUAAGCAUUUUGCCAACUUUUUUCACAAAAAUGUUGAGAAUUUGAAGAAUUCUUUCUUAUUUGUGCUGGGUGAUCAUGGAUUACGAUUUGGUGGAAUUCGAAGAACUAAUACUGGAUAUAAUGAAGAUAAUAAUCCAUUACUCAUGGCAAGAGUAGCGGUACCAGAAUAUUUACGCUCAAAUGAGCAGCUUAUUUUGAAUUUAAAAAAGAAUUCUCGGAAACACACAUCCCAAUAUGACAUUUACGCAACACUUUAUGAUAUAGCACAAUAUGCAAGGAAAAAAAGUUUCCAGAAAUGGGAUGAACACGAUUUCAGCAAGGAAUUUGGCAAAAUAAGGGGUGGAAUCCGAGCAAAGAGUCUUUUAAGGCCCAUUCGAUAUGAUAGGACAUGCGAAGAAAUGGAAAUUCCAGAUCAGUACUGCAUUUGCAAAAAACAAUGGUAUAAGAUGGAUAUUCAUAAUGAGAAUGUCACAAAAGCUGCGCAAUUCAUUAUCAAUAAAAUUAAUGAUUACUUGAAAGAGAAAAGUACGGAUGAAAAAUGCGAAACACUUCAUCUAAAAGAAGUGAUUUCGGCAGAAUACAUCGAAGAACAAUCGUUGUUGAAAAUAGUAAUUAGCGCAUCACCAAGUGAAGGGAAGUAUGAGGCGCAAGUGUUGCAGAAGAAUGAUAAUUUCGAAAUGUCUGCAAAAGUUUUCUAUAUAAGACAACUCAUUGGCGGUGAUGAUCUGUUUUUGAUGCCAGUUGAGGUGUUGGAUACAGUGGCAGAGAAUGAAAGACGGAUAGCCGAUGAAGUGGACGACAAAUCAGAAGAAGAAAAUGGCGCCGAUGAUCUGAAAUGUCUUGAUUGGCUUGUUAAUUACAGAUUACCUGAAUACUUUGCUGCUUUGGAUGAUUCCUUUCAUCACUUCACUGAGAAGAAUCUAUUUCGCAAUUCCAACGAUGAAUCUGUCUCUGAAGAUAUUAUGUAUUGCGAAGAUAAAGAUUAUGUUGCAGAAGAACAAAUGAGUUGCGAUACUUCGACAGAGAAAUGUUUGGCCAAGAAGUGCUCGCUGUUGUGUUGGAUAUACCGAGUAUUGGCCACAUCACCAGAACGCCAACUUUCCCUAAACGAUAUAUAUCAUCGCUUUCUUGUUCUAAAUUCUGAUUGGGGAAAGCUGUCACCAAACUGGAAAUUUUCCGUUGGAGAAACACUACUUAAUUCGAAGUGCUUUAUGUAUAAGCAUUCUCUAUGGUCAAUUAAUGCUGAUUUUGCAUUAAAACAUGAACGGGAUGCACUUGCUCAUGGGCUUUCGCAUCGCUGUCCACCCUCAACAUGUGCAGCUGUUGAUAGUUCUAGUAAAAGUUUGGAAUUCAAAUUUUUAUCGAACUAUUGGAACUUAAAUUAA